AUGAAACUUUUUUUAAUUCUCCUAAUUCUCAGUUUUUCUGCCACAAUCGUUCAUUGUGGUGUCUUCAGCGCCGUUUAUAAUUUCUUCCAAAAACAUUACAAACAAAAAAGCCUUUGGACGAACGACCAAAAUACCCUGAACGACACUUAUGACUUCAUAAUAGUCGGAGCUGGAUCCGCAGGAGCUGUUGUCGCUUCUCGUUUAAGCGAAAAUUCCCAAUGGAACAUCCUUUUACUUGAAGCUGGCGAUGAAGAGUCUUUCCUCAUGGAUAUUCCACAAAAUGUUCAUUUGUUGCAAUUCACGGGCAUCAAUUGGGACUACAAAACGGAACCGAGUGACAGUUACUGCUUGGGCAUGGUGAACAAUCAAUGCCGAUAUCCACGUGGCAAAGUAAUGGGCGGCUCAAGUGUUCUCAAUUACAUGAUUUACACGCGCGGAAAUCGCAAUGAUUACAAUAAUUGGGCGAAAAAGGGAUGCGAUUCGUGGGAUUACAAGAGCAUCUUGCAGUAUUUCAAAAAAAUCGAAGACACCGAUGUCACUGGGGCCUUUUCUGACUUUCGAGGACGCGGCGGAAACAUCGGAUUAACGAAAAAUUUUUGGAGAACUUCCGUUUCGGACGUUUUUUGUGACGCAGCAAAGGAAUUGGGAUACUCAUCGGUGGAUUACAACGGACCGACACAGAUUGGCGUGUCAUAUGUCGAAAGUAACAUCAAAAACGGACAUCGACACAGCUCGAAUUUUGCAUAUUUGUAUCCAGCGAGACAUCGAACGAACUUGCAUGUCAAGAAAAAAAGUCAUGUGACGCGAUUAUUGAUAAAUGCGAGAACGAAAAUCGUUGAAGGCGUCGAAUUUUUGCAUAAAAACGAAUUAAAACGAGUUUAUGCAACGAAAGAAGUAAUUGUCUCGGCUGGCGCGAUAAAUUCCCCGCAACUUUUGAUGUUAUCCGGUAUUGGACCAGCUGAGCAUUUAAAGGAAGUUGGCAUCAAACCCAUUUUAGAUCUUCCUGUCGGUCAUAAUUUGAUGGAUCAUUUGACGCCGUUGAUAGUUAUUUCGUGUGACACUUGUAAAAAUCCCUUUUCCGACUAUUCAGGCGCCUUUGGACACUUGAUUAACUUUUUCGACAACCAAACAGGACCAAUUUUCAAUCCAGGCGGUUGUGAGUCGCUCCUUUUCUACGAUUCCGCCCACACCGACACUCGUCGCCCAUCUAUAAAUGCCGUGCCGGACUUGGAAUUGCUCCAAACUGCUGGGGGAAUUAAUUUUAUUAUCUCAUCAAACAUGGGUUUGAAACGUGACAUCAUCUACAACAUGUACCGCUAUUCCGGCGAUGUGCGAGAUCGGCAUACAUUCAUGGUGUUGCCGAUGGUUUUGCGUCCACGAAGUCGUGGUAGGAUUUAUUUACGUGACGCUGAUCCGUUAUCGACACCAAAAAUUAUACCCAAUUACUUUGCUGAUCCCUACGAUAUGGCGAUUGCACUGCGAGGCAUCCGAAAAGUGCAAGAAAUGCUAAAAACACAUGCAAUGCGAGCGAUUGGAGCGAAGAUAGUGGAUUUAAAAGUGCCGGGAUGUCGUCAUUUGGAAUUCGACACAAACAGUUAUUGGGAAUGUUAUUUCAGACAUUUGACAUUUACGAUCUAUCACUAUAGCGGCACGUGCAAAAUGGGACGAGAUGCCACUUCGGUGGUGACACCACGCUUGAUUGUCCGUGGAAUGCGAAAUUUGCGAGUAGUUGAUGCCAGUAUCAUGCCCGAGAUUGUAUCAGGUGAGCCAAUAAUGAGGUAG